UUACUGGGUUAGUGGGGUAAGCACGGUAUUGCGAUGAGAUGAUUGACAGUGGCCACGGUUAGAACCCAGACGGCGUACUACCUAUGGGCGGAACUCUGGUACCGCGUUUACCGUGAACACUUUUAGGCUAUGGUGAUUUUCUGAGGAGUGACUCAAGACUAGGUUAAACACAGUGAAGGUUUCCAAGAGUUUACUCGCCAGUCGGGAGGGACAUCUUCCAAUCGAGGGCUGAUUAACUCCGUGAAAUGAAGAUCACUGGAGCCCGCGAUGCGGGUUUCUAUAUGGUUCCCCUUCUCAUUCUCAUAGGACUGUUGGAUGCGGCCUCCGGAUACGAAUGUGCAGGAUGUUCACCACCUUGUAUAUGUGCAGGAAUAAAAGGUUACCCCGGAGCUUCUGGUCUUCCUGGCCUGAGAGGGCCUCAAGGUCUGCCCGGAUUUUUGGGACCUGAAGGACCCAUCGGAAAGCAGGGAAUCCCCGGAAAUAGGGGUGAACCUGGAGCUCAAGGCCAGAAAGGAUACAGAGGUCAAACUGGCUUGCCUGGUUUCACUGGAAUUGCUGGUAUUCCUGGUCAACCCGGUUUGGAAGGACCUGUUGGUCCAGAGGGCUAUGCUGGCUGCAAUGGUACCAAGGGUGCUCUGGGUGUCAGAGGUCGGCCAGGCCCAGCUGGACGUCCCGGAGGUGCAGGUUUCCUUGGUAUCCCAGGUCUCAAAGGUGAGCCUGGUGAGUUCCGAGGAUCUGCGGCCGGCAUGAAGGGAGAACCAGGAGUCGAGGGAAACCCUGGACUGAGGGGUCUACAAGGUUUGCCUGGUGAGGAAGGCAGAGAAGGAAUGCCCGGUGACUCUGGCUCAAGGGGCAGACCUGGUCUGAAUGGUCUGAAGGGAGAAAAAGGACCGCUGGGCACAGAAGUCGUUGGAAAAGUGGGACCUCCUGGUAACAAAGGUGACCCAGGAGACCAGGGUGUGGCUGGAGUGGAGGGAAACCCGUACAACGCCACUCUGCGACAGGGAGACAAGGGAGAAGAGGGCGAGCCAGGUGACCGAGGAUUCUUCGGAGAGCCAGGACGACCUGGACUUCAGGGAAUACAGGGACCUCAAGGAGAACAAGGCCCCAAGGGUCCAUUUGGACCUGAAGGACCUUCUGGAAGACGAGUUUUGACGGUGAGAUUGGAAUGAAUGGAGCUGCCGGUCCCGUCGGUCGGCCAGGUCCCCCCGGUCUGCCCGGUCUGGCUGGAGAACCCGGUCAGUCCAUGAAAGGAGACAGAGGAGAUAUUGGCGAGGAUGGUCUGCGAGGUUUGGAUGGAGAGCCCGGUUUCCCCGGUCUCCCUGGUGACCCUGGUAUGCCAGGCGCCCCUGGAGAGGACGUUGUGGGUCCCCCUGGUGAGCGAGGUAUUACUGGACUGGAUGGAGUACCUGGCCAGCCUGGUUACCCCGGCGACUCUGGCCCACCUGGCAUACCCGGUGGUCGAGGCAUUGGACUGGACAUCACUGGCCCUCGGGGUGCCCCAGGGCUCCCUGGUGACAGAGGAGAUGAGGGAAUCCCAGGACUGCAUGGAAUGCCUGGAGAGAUUGGACCAACUGGAUUUCCUGGUGAGAACUGUGGUCGCUGUCCAGAUGGUGUGCCAGGAUUUGUCGGUGAUGUUGGUGAACCUGGAUACCCAGGAGAGGAGGGCAGGAGAGGUAUUGAUGGACUUCCAGGCUUCAAGGGCGACGUUGGUGAGGCUGGUCAGCCUGGGCCCAGAGGUCGUGAUGGACUUCCAGGUUUCCCCGGUCGCCCUGGUCCUGAUGGGUUUGAAGGCCUCAAGGGCGCACCUGGAGAUUCCGUUCCUGUCUACGAUACUGAGCCUUACCGUGGCCCCACCGGUGAGAAGGGAGAUUUGGGAUACCCAGGAUCCCCGGGUCUUGAUGGAUCCAUGGGAGAGGUGGGACUCCGUGGAUUGCCAGGUCUUUUUGGAGAGCAGGGAAUGGAGGGCGUACCUGGUAUUCCUGGUGACGAUGGUCUGGAUGGUGUGCCUGGUAUUCCCGGAGUGCCCGGUAUCAAGGGAGAGGAGGGAUCAUCCCUGAAUGGUCCCAAGGGUCAGAAGGGUAUCAGCGGUAUCCCUGGUCUUGAUGGACUGCCCGGAGGAAGAGGACUGGAGGGUCUGCCCGGUGACCCAGGCUUCACACUGGAGGGCAUGAAGGGAGAGCCCGGAUCUCCUGGUGCCCCAGGGUUCGACGGAGAAUUGGGACGCGAAGGAGUGCCAGGUCUUGCUGGUCUACCCGGUGACGAUGGCCUGCCUGGCUUGCCAGGUUUCGAGGGAAGGGUCGGAGAACCUGGCCGUGAUGGAGUUCCUGGCCAGCGAGGUGUUGAUGGGCCUAAGGGUUACCCUGGAUCGUCCGGUGAUGAUGGUGUGCCCGGACGCCCUGGCGUAAAGGGCAUGUUUGGUGACGGUGGUUUCCCUGGCUUGCCUGGACGAAAGGGAUCUCCCGGUCCUCAAGGUCUGCCUGGCCGCGAGAGAUUCCCUGGCAUGAUCGGUGAACCUGGUUACCCUGGUGAGGUUGGCCGACCUGGUCAGGAUGGACCCGCUGGUUUCCCUGGUCGCAACGGACUGCCCGGUUUCAGGGGAGAGAAGGGUGAGCCUGGUCUGGAGGGACCCAGUGGUCGCCCCGGUGAGCCUGGUCGUCCCGGACGUUCCCUGGAUGGAGGAAUGGGACCCAGAGGAUUCCCUGGAAGGGACGGAAACCCAGGUGCUCCUGGCCUGGUCGGUCUCCCUGGUGACGAGGGUCUGCCAGGUUUCCCUGGAGAGCAGGGCAUGUUUGGCGUUCCCGGCCGUCCUGGUGAGCCCGGUCUAACUGGACUGGAUGGUAAUCCUGGACUGCCAGGAGAUGAUGGACCUUCUGGACUUACUGGCCUCCCAGGACCUGCUGGGGACAGAGGUGAGCCAGGGUUCCCUGGUAUCCCUGGAAAUGAUGGCCGCCCUGGAGAGUCUGGCCUGCCUGGAUUAGAUGGUAUGCGUGGUGACAACGGAACUCCAGGUCUUCCCGGCCUGCGAGGAUUUAACGGUGGCGAUGGACUGCGUGGCGAGGAUGGACUUCCUGGUUUGCCAGGAAGAGACGGCCUCAGAGGCUUUGAUGGGGAACAGGGCCUUGAUGGUCUUCCUGGCGACGAUGGCCUGCCAGGACUGAGGGGUAUGCCCGGUCUGCCCGGAGAGCAAGGAAGAGAUGGACAGAAGGGAGACAGAGGCAGGGGCAUCCCUGGAGAACCAGGUCUCGACGGCUUGCCAGGUAUUGCUGGGUUGCCAGGAUUAGAUGGUUUGCCUGGACUCAAAGGAGCACCUGGAGAUUCUGGGUUGCCAGGUUUGGAUGGCCUGCCAGGUAUGCCUGGUGAGUCUGGUUUCCCCGGAGAAGAUGGUCGUGAGGGAUUCCCUGGCCUGCCAGGAAGGAGAGGACCAGAUGGCAGAAACGGCUUCCCAGGAGAAGAUGGACAGCCCGGAGAUCCUGGCCUUGAUGGUCUGCCUGGCCUUCCUGGCGCACCUGGACGUCUGGGUCUGCCUGGCGAUGAUGGUAUCAGCGGAUUCCCUGGUGAUCAGGGUGAAGACGGUUUCCCUGGCCAGCCUGGUCUGCCAGGAUUUGACGGCAUGACUGGAAAUGAUGGACUGCCCGGUGUGGAUGGUUUGCCAGGUCUCCCUGGCCUUGGAGGCGAUGAUGGCCUACCUGGCCUCCCAGGACGUCCCGGUGGACGUGGCCUGCCAGGAUUUGCUGGUGAGAGAGGAUUUGAUGGGGAGGCUGGCCAGCCAGGUGACGAUGGUUUCCCUGGACGCCCCGGAGUGGAUGGCCCCCCAGGACCCCCAGGUCGCCCUGGCAUGCCUGGCGUGGAUGGUAUCCCUGGUCUCCAGGGUAUGGAUGGUCAGAGAGGAUUUAUGGGAGAGGACGGCCGCCCUGGAAACCCCGGCUUCCAAGGACAGAAGGGAGAGCCUAGUGUUGCCCCCGAUGGACCCAAAGGUUUCCGAGGAGAAUCUGGAUUUGAUGGACUCCCAGGUCGUCCUGGUGCCAAGGGUGGUGCUGGCCAGCCUGGCCUGCCAGGUUUUAACGGUGAGCGUGGAGAAAAUGGCCUUCCUGGUCUGCAAGGAGAGCCUGGAUUUGACGGAGAGAGAGGACGUAUGGGAGAAGAUGGUCUGCCCGGAUUGGACGGCCUUCCCGGUAUGAUAGGUAUGCCUGGCGAGGAUGGACUUACUGGUCUGCCCGGACCCAAAGGUUUCAGAGGAGAAUCUGGCUUCACUGGACUGAGAGGACGUAAAGGAGAGGCUGGUUUUCCAGGUCUGAAGGGUGCGGACGGAGUCUCCGGUGCCCAGCAAAUUGUGGAAGGACGGAAGGGAGAGGGCGGAGAGAACGGCACAAAUGGCGGCCCUGGUAUUCCAGGACUGCCAGGAGAUAAUGGCGAUCCAGGUCCUGAGGGCCGUAAAGGUUUUCCAGGUUUUGACGGUGACCGCGGCUUCCCUGGUCUCCCCGGAAACAAUGGUCGCCCAGGUCUGCCAGGCAUGAACGGCCUUGAUGGACUUCCAGGUUUACCUGGCAACCGUGGUUUCCCUGGUGACGCAGGAGGCGCAGGUGGUCCAGGCACAGGUCCUGGCAUUAUCUUCACCAGACAUAGCCAGGAUUCUCUGGUCCCUACCUGCCCAUUUGGCACCUCCUUGCUGUGGGAGGGUUACUCUCUGCUCUUUGUGAUGGGCAAUGGACGCUCACAUGGACAAGAUCUUGGCACCGCUGGUUCCUGUCUUCGUCGCUUCCACCCGAUGCCCCUGAUGUUCUGUAACAUCAACAACGUGUGUAAUGUGGCCACACGUUCAGACUACAGCUACUGGCUGAGCACACCACAGCCCAUGACCAACAUGAUGCAGCCAGUCAGUGGGGAGCAGAUCCGACCCUACAUUAGUCGCUGUGCCGUUUGCGAGACACCAUCACCUAUCAUCGCUGUCCACAGUCAGACUAUGAUGGUACCCGAGUGUCCAGCUGGAUGGUCAGAUGUCUGGAUUGGCUACAGCUUUGUUCUGAGCACUGGUGCUGGAGCUCAGGGUUCUGGCCAGAGCUUGGAGUCUCCUGGCUCCUGUCUCGAGGCGUUCCGCUCCCAGCCAUUCAUCGAGUGCCACGGACGAGGCACCUGCAACUACUACGCCACCUCCCACAGUUUCUGGAUGUCCACCAUUGAGAGGGACGACCAGUUCCGUCGCCCACUGCAAGAAACGCUCAAGGCUGGGGACCUGAGGAGGAGAAUAAGCCGAUGUGUUGUAUGUAUCAAAGACAACACGACCGGGCCCCAAUUCUUUAGGAUGGUGAAAAAGUAACAUUUUAGAGUGUCGUCACACAUCUUAGGGUUUCUUUGUACUUCAUUUAAGAUUUUUUUUCUCCGUCAUUGGGUUUUGGUUUGGUUUGUUGUUUGUUUGUUGAGCUUGGCAGUAAUAUUACUAAGUGAUGUCCAUCACUUUGUGGAUCUUUCUUCUGGUCGAA